CGAAGUUUCUUUACGGAGCUCCCAUCCAAUAAUUAUUGCAUUUUUUUUCUCUCACUUAAAACUUUUUUACUGCCGAGGGCACAUUUAACGUUCAUGUUUUUUUGUUAAAAUCUAUUUUAGUGUUUAUGGGAAAGAUUGCUUUAAUUUUCGAGUAGCUUGUUUAGUUGCAAUGUGAUAAUGUCUUUAAAAAAGUGGAAAGGGAAAUUUUUGAAGAAACUGGAUACACUUAUGUGUCUCAAAGAAAAAAUGGCACGCCUACGCAUAAAGGCAGUUCUGGAGAAUAAAAGCUCUAAAGAAAUGAACAAUGUUGAAGACUACAUUGAAAUUCUGGAACUAAUUCGAGAAAGCAACGUAGAUGCAACGAGUUUCAUAUCUAGAUACAAUACGUGGUCUAGCAACUUUCAUAUUACUUUAGAAAAUACCAAUUCAGCUAAAGAAAAUAGUCUGAAGUCAGUACACCCAUCAUACUUUAUGCGCUUCCUAGCUACAGCUUUCUUUACUUUAUGCCUUUUAGAAAGUGUCCGGUGCAAAAAUCAAAUCUGCUUUGACACUGCUUUGACGUUUUGUAUUAUUUUACUUAUCAUGAACUUUAUUUCAUCCUUCAUAUUAUAUUUUUCUGCGUCACCCAACCAGUUGGUUAAAACUAUGAUUCUUUUUUCAAAUGCUAUGAAGACAAUGUUUAGUGACUUUAAAUUCAGAUUAAAUCGUGCUGGAAGAAAAUUCGAUUUCUCACCCCGCCCAAGUGCUCUCUUCAUUGUAAGCAACUUCCUAACACCUCUUUCAUUACUACAUUGGAUUCUUACUCCUUUGUCCAGCUUGAGUGAAUGGUACUUAUUACAUGGUAGCUUAUUUUCUGCUAGCAUAUCAAUAAUUUUUUAUGUUCUAGAUUAUGAAACUGCACCAGAAAGAACUCAGAUAGAAAUAACUGCGUGUUCAUUAUUACUGCUGCUUGCUUUAUUGCAGGACAGGAAAGUUCAGAAUAUUCUUACAGAGAUUAAAUUACAAGUAACAUUUCUAGAAUCGGAAUGCAUGGAUUUUUUGCUAUGGUUUGAAGAGAAGUGUUCUUUAAAGCGGCUCCUGGAGGAAUCGGGAUUUUAUAAAGCAGAAAUGCUGGAAUUAUUUAACCAUGAAACAGAACGUAGAUCUGUUCUGGAAAAACCUCUCCUGAGCUUCGUCACAUUUUUUGUAGCUGCCGAAAGCUGCUUCCCCGCACAUCUGCAUUUUUCGAAUUUAAGUAAUGUUGUGAGUUUCAUUUUAUACGGCACAUGUAAUCCAAAUGUGAAUUCUUUUAUAAAUAUUGUGUCCGUGUCGAAUAAAGGUGCAUCAGACUCUAAAACUCCAAAGAUACAUUCUCUGGAUUCUUCGAAUGUGCCACAACAAGAAACUUUCCUUGAAGCAAAUGUCCCACAGGAAUGUUCAUUGUUUCAAGUUCCCUUAGAUACACACGAAAAACCUGAUCAGAAAAAUGGUAAUGAAAUGUUUUCUACAUUUGUCACAUCUUCACCUGAGGUUUCUCUUGACGAUGAACUUUCUUCCACAGAUGUUAAGAACCAGUUUUCUUGUAGUAGUAAAAAUGAGAUUUUGAAUGAUGAAUCAGGAAUCGAUGAAUCUGAAGACUACAGAAAAAUCCCACCAGUUCAAGGAAACCAGAGUUUCACAAAUAAUGUAAAUUUAUUAAAUUCUGGUAUUACAUUUCCGACAAAUAAUGAAUGUGAGAAAUGUGUGUUUCCAAAAGCUGAUAUUUUCCCUUGUACUUCAGCAUCGAACCAAGAUGACAAGGAAUGCAAAAAAUAUGAAGAGAAUGUAUUGCUUUCAAAUCUAAAUUCUAGUUUUUCGUUUCUUCAGGAAGAAACCCUUGGUAUUUUAAACACGAAAAAUGGUGGAAUUUCUUCCCAAUCUAAUGCCGGCGGGAGAAUAGAAAUUGACGAAUCACUGAAAGAUGAACAAACCUGUCAACCGUUUGUGAAAGAAAUAACGCGCGAUACACAACCUUUACCUUCUCAUUCAGCCGCAAAUCAUGAAGACUCUACUGACUUGGGAGAUCUUCAGAUUUCUCAGUGUAAAAAUCAGGCAGAAAUCAAAAAAGAUUCAGCUACGAAAUAUAGAUCCGAAGUUCCUGUUGCGCCAGAUUACAAACUGCAGGGUCAGAAUGCUUCGCAGCCUGAAGAUAUGCCUGGAAAUGCAUCAAUUGUUUCUGAAAAAAUUCAAGCCAAUGAUUCUUUCUUGCUCAGUUGUUCAGCGCUUUCUCAGCAGUCAGAAGAGGAUAUAAAAAAUUCUGAUUUAGUAAAUGGCGGAAGCCAGGUAUUUACAGUGCGAAAUGGAAAUCAAUCCUAUAUCGUCAGUGAUGAACCAAUUACCAAUGAAAAUGGGCAAAAUAUAGAGACUGGAGCAUUAAAUCAUAAUGAACAUUUGCAAAAUGAGGAAACUUCUGAACUUCAAAUACAACAUUUUGCAGUUCCGCAUGAAUCAGAAGAGUAUAUAAACCAUUCAGGCGCAGUAUGUGAGGGAGAAGAGUUUAUUGUAGAAAAGCUUCAAUAUCAACUUGAUAUCUUAAAAGAUGUAUUGGAAUCAAUAAACGGUAUUGUAGAUAGCAUUAUAGAAAUGCAGGAAUUUACAUGGAACGACGAUACUUUUGAAUCUAAGAUGAAACAGUCUGCGCUUUUUCGAGUUGUUGAGACAGAAAAAUAUUCAAAUAUUUCUGAAGGAGGAAAUGACUAUAGAAGUUAUUUGGGCACUAUGAAUGGAAUAUUACAAAAAUCACACACAUCAAUCAAUGAAUCGGUGAAACACAUCAUCAGUGAAACUCCAGACAGACCGAAAGUCGAAGAUUUCAGUCCUGAUGAAUGUUUGCAAAGUGAUGAAGCUUCAAAAUUGGGAACAAGUAAGGCAGGACGCAGGCAGUAUCCUAUAAAAUCCGUAACACAAGCUGAGUGCGAAGAGACAAGAGAAUUUGAAAGUAUUUCUGCGAAUGUUACACCUAAUGAUGGAAUUAAGCAAGAACUGAACUGUGAUAACGAUCUAAAAAUGAAAAUUUCGGAUAAUAAAGAAAUUCUUAAUAUCACCUUGAACAAUGAAAGUGCUCAUCUCAAAUAUAAUGGAAGAACGUGUGAUUCAGAAAUAAAGAUGAAGGAUUCAUGUCAUCUGAAACAUGAGAGUAGCACUUCAGAUGUGCUGGCAUUUGAUGCAGUAAAUGGAGAUAUAAUGCGUAACAUUGAAAUAGAUGGUAAGAAAGCUUUGGAGGACGGUUCAACUACAACGUUCUCAUCAGAUAAUGAGGUUGAUGCACCGUCAGAAAAGAAAACUUCAGACAGAUUUACUUCAGAUGAAAACACCAUUGACAAUAUUAAUCCAAAAAUAACAGAGAAUCUUGUGUCUUCGACGGUAAAACUAUGUCCAGACGAUCAAGUAAAUCAUGAAAUUAGAAACCAAUCCACUAUCUCAGAAAAUAAGGCUGAAUUCGACUGCCUAGUGAACGGAAUGGAAACGCCCGAUUUUGAUGAGAGCAAACUCAAUCAGAAUGAGCAGAGUUCAAAAGGGCAAGUUAUACAAAACUGCGUUAGUGAAGAUCAAACCUCAGUCCCUGUUGCGGAAGUUGAAAAUCAAAUGAAUGUUUUAUCCAAAUCUGCGUCUGAUUUUAAUCAAGAAACCUCGUAUAAAAGUGCAAACUCCUUUCAUAAACAAGCCAAUAGUGGUGAAUCUGUUCAAUGUAAUGAAUCUUCAUUCUCAGAUUUUAAUAAUCAAAAUGAAAAUAAUAGCAGCAGACAAAUGCGAUGUAUUAUGAAAAACUUUUUUGAUAAUUUACAUACAGCAAGUAAAGAGACGGAAGUUAAUGUGAAACAUAGUCACGCUUUAAAUUCGGAACUGUGUUCUUAUUAUGCACUGAUAGAUGAAUUUAUGAAACGUAAUCAGAAACCUGAUAUAUCUAGAAAUACAAAAACAUAUAUAAAUAGUGGUAAUAGUAAGAAUGUACAUACCCAGGAAAUUUCAAACAAAAAAGAACACAAAGGAAUGGAUUUGCGGCAGAUUCGCCGUCCAUUCGUUUUCGGAAAUUAUGUCAUUGAGCAAAAUACAGAUGGAGUUUUGAAACUCGAUCAGAAAUAUAAUGCAUCUGUAAAUUCGUCAAUAUAUGUAAACAAUAAUUACAAUGGAGCUGAGCAUAAAGGAGGAAUUUCAAAUAGAAAUGAAAGUGACAGAAAUGGUUUGCAACAUAUGUUUCGUCAUUUCAAUUUCGAACAGGAGGAUGAACAGGGAAACAGACAUCGAACUGCUCCAAUUGCAGCAGUGGUUGCAACUAGUACUAAUAAUCAUGGGAAUGAACUUAAAACGGAAAUUUCCAAUAAAAAUGUUGAAAAUAAUUUACUAAAAACUCGUCCUCCUUUCGUUUCUGGACAACAGUUUAAAGAGAAAAAAACAGAUGAAAUUGCAACAAAUCCAGCAGUGCACGUAAGUAAUAGUAACGAUGAGGAAAGGAAUAAGCAGGAAAUUUCGAAUAAAGAUGAAAAUGACGGAGUUAUUUUGCAACAGAUUCGUCCUUUCAUUUUUGGGCAAGAAGCCAGAGCGAGAAAAACAGAUGCAUUUCUGAAACAUAAUCAGAAAUAUAACAGGUCUACAAAUACAGCACUAUAUCUAAACAGUACUAAUAAUGCAGAUGAGAAACAACAGGAAAUUUCGCAUAAAAAGGAAAAUGUCAAAGUUGCAAAUGUUUCGCUUCAGACAGGAAAUAAGUGUGAUAGCCCUACUGAAGCUACGAAAAAAGUAUCUAAGUGCAGGAAAAAACUGAAAGCUAAGAGAUAUUACAAAAAUGAAUCUAUUUCUAAAAGUGAAGGAAAUUUUAAUUUUGGAAUGACAGAUUGCCCAUUACUUGAAGACAGUGGCCGAAAUGAUGAAAAACUUUCGGUUCCUCAUUGUUCCAUGACAGCCAGUUUAACGGAAGAGAAAUCUGACCAUUUACUUCCCAGAAAGUUUAAUGAAACAUGUCAAAAUACAUCUCAAGAACCUGAUAGUCGUUCCGAUAUAAGUGACCGUAAUGCCGUUUUCGAAUUGAAGAAAACCGAACUUCAAGUCGAAAGCGAAAAAAGAGAUACUGAAAUACAGUCCAGUCGAAAAUCAAGUCCAAAGAAACGAUGUCGAAAUUACUAUAAUUCAGCGACAGAAGAUGAUGAAAAAGAUGGCGACAAAGUAGAGAAUAAACAGGUGCCACCAGUACCACUGAAAGAAACACGUUUGGAAAGGACUUUAAUACUGGUAAGAAAUAUUUUAAAUGCUUCAAAAACAAGAAAGUGUACCGUCUUUCAACAUAAAGUUUACACUCCUAUAAAGGACUGUUUGCUGAAUAAUCGAAUAACGAAGAAUAGUUUAAUACGAGAGUUUAACAGAAACGAAAAUUGUAACGUAUUUUUAAGAAAAAAUACCGAUCAGAAGAUAAUUGAAAGCGUAGAAAACGUGCCAUUUUGCGUCAAAAACAGCGAGUCGUCAGAACAAGUGAGUGAUAAAGACUUCGCGAAUCAAACAUCAUCUGAAAAUGCAGAAUGUCCAACCGUUUCCAGAAGGCAAGGAAAUAGACGGAAAAAUAAAAAGCUCCCUAUUGUCUGCAAAAGUGUGGAAGAUACAUCAGUUACGUUAAAGAAUGAACAGGUUUUGCAUUCAACUAAUCCUAAAAUUUCAACUGAAAAGGAGCCACAAUGUUCUUUAGUGUUUUACAGCUCAGAACGAGUAGAUGAAUUCUCAUCUUCUUCCUCUCUGCCUGCAGGAUCGAGCGAAGAUGAAAAUUUCCGCUUUCAUCAAAGCACGAGUAUCUGUUCUGAAACUUCGGAGGGCACAUCGGCUGAUAUUCAGAUUGAAACCUCGGAUGCUAACUACGAGUCAUAUUCGUAUGAUUUACUUGAUGCGGGUGUUUCCAGAACACCUAGCCUGGAUCAGACAUAUAUAACUGAAACUGGCAAUGUGUGUAACUCACCGAAAAAUGCACCAAUCUGUGUAUCGUGUAACUCUCUUUUAAACCCAUCGAGGUCAUCUGUAGGUGCUUUCCAGUCUGUAAAUCUUACACAUAUCACUGCAUCCGAAAACGAACCAAAGUGCAAAACUCGGGGUGGCCAUAUGGCUUGGAACAAUGAACUCUGCGACAGUGCAGAUAGUAAUCUUGCUUCGGAAAGCACAUAUCCCGGAGAAAAUGAAAUGACAUCUUCUCAAAGUAGACAAAACCUUCAAAGCGAUGAGAAUCCUCUUCGAUAUCAAUUGAAACAUGACAGUAUCAGCUUAGAAUUUUUAGAUGAGCUAAGCGAAGUCACUCUUCGAAUAGUCAGUGAAAAUGAUUCGGAAUGUGUCGACGUGAAAAAUUUAUUAGAAAACUCGAAAAGAAAAUUAAAAUUUAAUUCCACUGAAAAUGCUGGAGAACUUUUAAUACCUGGAAAGAAAUCAGGGCAUAAAGAAACUGCAUUUGUUGAUUAUAGCUGUUUGCCUUUUGAAAUUAAUAAUGAACAUAUAUCGAUAUGUGUCGAUGCUGUUGGAGAAGGGCAGCCGAAGAUGUCUUACAAUUCUUCUAGUACUUGUCAUUCUAGUUCCGGUUUGAGUACCAUUUCUGAUGGUACUGAUACUGUGCUUGACAGCAAUUUUGGUGAAAAUGCUAAACUUUCUGCCGCUGGAAUUGGUGAAAGUAAAAAUGAAUUAAAGCAAAAAGACAACGAGUCUAACCACAAUCAGUGUCUUGAAUGUGUGGAACCACAGUGCCAGAUCAAUGGCACUUCAAGUGCUCCUGAUGAGAGUUGUGAUUCAUGUCUUCUACCUGAGUCUCCGAUUAUGAGUCAUCUACAUACAUCGACGGAAAGUCAACACCAAUCAGAUAAAAAUGGGAAAACGCAACAGGAGAUUACCGAUACUGAGAAAAUAAACGGCGAAGAAACGUCCUGGAAGAAUAGUAACAAUUCAAUGAAAGAUGUGCUUCAGGAAACUAUGAUUGUAAUUGCUGAAAGUUAUCAGAAGCCAAUGGAUAAAGAGCAAGAACAGUGUGAGAAUGAACUUUUACCAUCCGUAGUGGACAGCAGAAAGUGCGACCUCAAUUCUCAUGAAAACAAAAGUGUUUCUAAAGCUGAUAUUCAGAACAUUAGUGAGGAAAAUAAAAUUCAGACCGAGGCUCUUCAAGACAUGAACCAAAGCAUUGAAAACGUAAGUGAAGACAACAUGCUAUGCAAAUCAUCCGAAAACCACCAGCAUCCUGCUGGCCUAAAUGCACCUUUUGCGAGUGCUUCAGCAGACUUUGAACCAUCAUCUAUUUCCUCCCUGUGUUCUUCAGAUUUGACUAAUAGAAAUCUAUGCCUAGAAUCUGAAAAGUUAAAAUUCAACUUUACGCCUAAACCUGAUUCUGGAAUGCUUGAAAUGAAAUAUCGCCAUGCACCUGGUAUCACCACUUUGAUAUUCAAAAGCGAAAAAGAAAAACUUUAUCUGAAAAUUAAAGAUCCGAUACUGCCCUAAACUGUUUUUUUUUAUAAAGAAACAUGUUUUUACAGAAAAUAUCUUAGUGAAAAUUUAAAUUACUUUAGAGUAAUUUAAAAAGAAAGCAAUGUAAGGAAAAAUAAACGAUUAUCUAUAUUAUGAAACUUAAGCCAUAAAAAAUGUGUCAUAAAAUAUGCUGAAACAGACUUUUUUUAUAAAUGUAAAAGUAAUCGUACGAGUACGUUGGACGUCGUCAAGUUUCCUAUGAAGUAUAUCUUAUUUCACCUUAAUAACAAAUAAGUAAUGUUAUUUUUUUAUCAUAUAGAACUAAAUAAAUGUGUAGUGAAUUUCAGUUUUUAAA